AUGGGACCCUCGCAAACAGAGCAGAUCCCCCAACGUCAUAAGUUUGCCUGUUCUCUAUGCGCGCGACGCAAGGUCAAAUGUAACAAGCUGGAUCCGUGCUCCAACUGCAUCAAAGUAGAGGCACAGUGCCUCUACGAGGUUCAUCCACCUCCAAGGCCUCGGAAACGGGCCGCUGAUGAUGAACUCGUCGCGCGACUGGCGGCCUAUGAAACCUUGAUGCGGAAGCAUGGCGUCGAUUUCUCGCAUUGUGCAACUACCUGGGUCCCGUCAGGCCAAGAAGUCGAAUCAGGAGAAGCUGAGCCAUCGCCGGAAACGAUCCUCUCAUUGCCCUCGAGUAAUGUGCACGAUGUACCAAGAUAUAUAGAUGGGGCUUCUUCAAUGGUUCUCGAGAAGUCCUUGUGGUCGAACCUGAUCCCAGAGCUCAAAAACCCGCCUAUAGUUAACCUUCGACACAAAUACGACCCAUUCUUGCAUCCGACCCCUCCUCUCGACUCCUUUCUCAGCACUCCCAACUUCAACCUGUAUGAUAUGCAUCCAGAGCCGAAACAUAUUUACCGAUUCUGGCAGAUCUUUGUUGAGCGUGUCAACCCGCUUACCAAAAUCAUCCAUGUACCGACCCUUCAGCAACGCGUCUUGGACGCCAGCUGGGACCUUGCAAGCAUAUCAAAACCAUUCGCUGCUAUGCUUUUCGCCAUAUACACCUUGGCUGUGACCUCCAUAUCAGACGAAGAAUGCGAGGCCUCUUUUCAAGAAAAAAGACUCAACUUAUUGAUGCGAUAUCGCACUGCUUCGAUUCGCGCCCUCGUAGCUGCAGAGUUUCUCACUACGAGAGACCUCGAAGUCCUCCAGGCAUUUGUACUAUUUCUCUUCUCUGACCCAGAGUCAGAGCUCACCUCGACCUUGACGGGUGCUGCCCUGAGGAUUGGUCAAAAGAUAGGCUUGCACCGCCCCAACAAUCCAAAAGUCUCAUUUUUUGAAAAUGAGAUGCGCAUUCGGCUUUGGUGGAAUCUUGCUGGUCUCGACGCUCGUAGCCGUGGAGUCCACGUCCGAGGGAUGGCGCCGCCUCCGCAUCGUGAGUUCGGCGAUGUACGCCUCCCGCUUAAUGUGAAUGAUGCAGAUCUACAUCCAGACAUGACGGAGGCACCUGCGCAGCACGACAAUCCGACAGAGAUGAUCUGUGCGCUUGUCAAGUUCCAAGUCUUUGAAUGGGGUCGAACUGGGUCGAACGGGUCCAAGGUGUUCGAGAGUAUGACACAUCCGAGUUCCACGAAAAAGGGGAUUGUAUCGAUGGAACUCAAGGAAGCAGCCAUCAACGAGAUCGAACAAGCCUACCAGAGGAUAUUGCAGAGAUCGGAUAAACGUAUCCCCCUCCACCAGCUGGCACAAACAUGGGCGACGAUUAUUCCAGCUCGUUUACGUUUUAAGAUCUACCAUCCUCGGUUACGACCGGCAGCGGAAGAUGGUACAAUAUAUGUUACGCGGAAAGAGAGCGACGAGACUUUUGAGGCCGUGCUGCUCGCUCUGGAAAUGAGCGAAUUGAGCCUGGAAUCAGUUUUUGCAACGUACCUCGUCAUCCACUUGACAUUUUGGUUCAAAAUGGAAGCAUACGUAUAUGUCAUAAGCGAGCUGCGGCAACGGUGUUCCGGGCCUCGGAUAGACGUGGCUUGGAGAAUCAUAGAAAAGCUCUUCGACAACCUUCCCGCGGUGAUUUCAGAGGAAGAUGAGACGUUUUUCAAUGGGUUGAUUAAUUUGACGCUGGAAGCUUGGGAGGCGCGUCGAAAGGAAUUGCUCACGAUCUCGACUUCUCUCGAAGCCGAUAUUACUCCUCCUUUUAUCAGAUCUCUUUAUGAUAGGAGGAGGGAGAGGAAUGAGGAUGGCAUGUCGAUGGCGGCUGUUCUAGACUCGCACAGUCUGGAUGGGCUGGGAUUCAUAGAAGGGGACGCUGUAGAUUGGCAGACUUGGAGUGAUGUUUUCAGAUUCUAA